UCUGACUAUUUACGAUUCCAAAAAAGAUUCAAUAAAAAUCAUAGAGUUUUUUUUUUUUUCUGCUGGUCUAUUUUGUCUCGUUGAUUGUUUGAUACAUAAAACCAAGCAUUGAAGUUUGUAGGCCCUUGCUCAGUGAUAGUACAAAAGGGCAAUAAUUUAGAUUCCUAAUUUCCUAUACAACCUUCCAAUGUCAAUAAAGCCCCCAAAACUUUGGGAGAGUAUAAACCUGCCUCAUGCGUCUUAAUUCUGUAUGUUAUUUCAUGGCUCUGUAAUUACUCUUAUUUUUAAAUCUUGCCUUUUCUUUUAUUUUUCUGUGUUUUUAAUCUGUAGGAGAAAAGUGUUCUGUUUUUUUAUGUGGCUGCACUCUGCAGACAAAAAUCAUUAUCAUUAGUGAUUGAUAUUUUAUGUACUCCGUAUAUGUAUACCUGAUGCUGUACUUGGACUUGGAGUAGGCAUGGGAUUUUCAUUUGCUCCCCCGAGUUAUCCCUUGAAUGUAGUGAAUGACGUAAAUAAAAAUAAAAACAAGCUGUGCAUGAUAAGAUCACUUCCUUCUUCAUCUUUGGUUUCCCUGCAGUUCUCUUCUCUUCCUAUAAAAACUGAUCAAAACAAGAAAAUUACAUCAGAACCUCAGAAUUGUAACAGUUCCUCAAGUGCUUCUCCCAGUUACAGCCAAGAAAAUACUGUUGGAAUCAUUGGAGGUGUGUCUGUUCUUACCACAUUGAUCUUUCUUGAGAAGUUUGUGCUAUGGAGCUCAAGAGAUAAAUACGACACUGUCCCUUUCAUUGUCUGCAGUGAUCCAACAUCUCCUUCAAGCCGUGAGUACAUUUCUAACACCAAUGAUGGUAGACCACCUUCUGGAUUAGACCAAGUUAGAAUGGUUGAGAAUCUGAGAGGUAAGAGGUUGUUCCUUGAAGAAGGGGGAGCACGAUGCAUUGUCAUGCCUUGCCAUAUUUCACAUGCUUGGUAUGGAGAAAUAUCACUAGGGAGUAAGCAGCCUUUUCUUCAUAUGGCCGAGUGUGUUGCUUUAGAACUCAAGGAAGCAAGAUUUAGGCCUCUAGAAGCUGGAAGCGGUGUCAAAGUUGGAGUUAUAGCAACUGAUGCUACCCUAAUGGCAGGAUUUUACCAGGAAAAACUACAGGACCAGGGGUUUGAGGUGGUGUUGCCAGAUAAAUCAACCAUGGAGCAUGCCAUAUACCCGGCUAUAAACUCCUUGAAGCGGAAAGACAUGAAGGGAGCUCUUAACCUGUUAAGAAUCGCGAUUCAGCUCCUUCUGGUGAAAUCUGUUAACAUUGUGAUCCUUGCCUCCCAUGAACUGCAAUGUCUGUUACCACAUGAUGAUCCCCUUGCUAAGAAAUGCAUUGAUCCGAUGGAUGCUUUGGCAAGAUCAGCUGUAAGAUGGGCAAAAUCUGCAAAAGAUACACGAGAAAUUUAGAUGAUAUAGAGUUCUUGGUUUCCUAAUGAUAUUAAUCCUGUACAUUAGUACUUAGGUUCAGCCAACUACUGUAAGAUUCUCCUUAGUUCACUUGAUGUUGUUGCCUUACUUUUGGACACAAGUACCCUCCACAAAAUUUAGAAGUUUAAUUUUGAGUUGUGUUUCUUUAUUAAGCUAUAUAUACUUCGGUUAUUAUUGAGGGUGAAGUCUUAUCCUUUUCCUUCUCUCAAAGGCCUAAUGUAUAAUUCUAGACUAUGUAACUUUGUGAGGAGCCUUAAAGUGAUAGCUUAUUAACAUUCAA